AUGACACCGUACCAAGAUGUGAUUGAAGCGGGGGAGAAGAACGUGGACUGUCCGUACCGGUCGCGCGGCGCGGGAGAGAAUCUGUACAGAUGCGCCAUGGGUUACGCCGCACUUGCCGGCGUGACUGGCGGGCUGGGGAAGCCGGUUUAUGUGGUUACCAGUGACGUGGAUAGGGCCGAGGACGUUCCGGAAGGCUCGCUAAGAUGGGGUUUAAGUAAUUAUCCUGAGGGUGUGAUUAUACGCUUUAAUAGCUCGAUGCUGAUUAGGUUACAGAAGCGGCUGUUUCUGCAGUCGCACGUGACGAUCGACGGUCGCGGCGCGAAUGUGAUUAUACGCGGAGGCAUGGUUCUGCAGAACAUCACGAAUGUGAUCAUACACAACGUGGCGAUCGGCGAUCAGCGCGGGGAUCACGACGUGGUGCACAUUGCAGGCACGACGCGCGUGUGGGUGGACCACUGCCAGGUGUACAAGGCCAUACGCGGUACAGUGGACGCCGUUUACGGCUCAACGGACAUCACCAUCAGCAAUUCGUAUAUUAGCAACCGCAACCUCACCAUGCUGCUGGGUGCGGAGGACGACGGGGUGUACGACGUGGACAUGCGGGUGACCCUCUACCGCAACUGGUUUGACAAGUCGGGGCAGCGGCAGCCCAAGGCGCGGUGGGGCAAGGUCCACGUGGCCAACAGCCUCUACUCCAAGUGGUCCUAUUACUGCCUCGGCGGCCGUAUGUACGCUGCAAUUCGCUCCGACCGUAAUAUCUUUAUCGCUGGAGACGCGCGAAAAGAACUCACCCCGUGGUUUGGGGAACGCGCCCUUUGGACGGAGGGGUUUGAUACGACUCCCGUGAUCCGGUCGUUUGGGGAUUUGCUGGUCAAUGGAGCGACUUUUACCGAGUUUAACGCGGAUUUGUCGAUUUUCGACCCGCCGUAUCGGCUGCCGAUGCACACUGCGGAUAGAGAGCUUGCGCACUUUAUACGCGUUAAUGCAGGGCCUAGAAACGGGGAUGUUCCUGAGCUGCCGUGCACGCCUCAAACCUGCUUCCAGUGA